CCGUCCUCAUUUAGAACUCACAAAGGACGACCGUCAAUAUAAAGUUCGUCAUCCUGCCCGGAAAAUUGUAGCCUCACCAAUAUCACCAACAUCACCUAACAUCCCCAGUCUACUCGAGCAAAACUCACACAAUCAAUUCCGACAUUAACCGAUACAAACUACGACCUUACUCUAUUAAUAACAGCAUGAAGGCCCCCUCAAUCCUCUUGUCUCUUGCGGUGGCUGCUAUUGCCAGCGCACAAGACUGUUCACAAGCCUCGGAACCGUUCUACAAUAUCACUUCCAAGCCCUUUCACCUUGUUGUACAGUCCGAAGAUGGAAAAGUUAACGACACACUGAGUGCCUGCCACGUCGGUGCAGCCCUGGAGUCACUCUGCCUUAGUAACGGAAACUUUGGCAGUAGCCCUACCCCUAUCCCUGGUGCAGAGUUCUACUUCAACACCUCCAUCUACUCUUCUGCACCAGAUGAAUCAUUUGGGGUUCCUGGAAUCCUGACGUGGAUACUCCCGACUAGCGCCUUCAAUGUUUCAUCUUCGGCGGCGUUUCAAUAUGAUCCCAUCUCUUCCCUAGCCGUCCCCAUCAUCAGCCCAGGCAGCGACAACCCCACACUGGUGACGUUCGAUUCCCAAGACGAUUUAGCUAUCCAAGCCUACGUUCGCGGCAGCAACGGCACGGGCAAAUACGAGCAAUUUUACCGCUGGUACGCAUGCGAGACUUUCUACGGCAGCUACAACUACAAGAACCUUGCUUGGAACUUGGGUUCAGACAAGCCCGACAACCCGAGCUGUGUUGCGGUCAAUGUUACGAGGGUGUUUGUCUAGGAUGUGGGUGAUGGUAUUCACAACGAAUGAUGGAUAUAAUGUCAAGAUGCGAGAAGGAGUUGGUUCUCUGUUGGUAAUAAUUCAUGAUGAAUGCGGAUAGACUUGAGUGGUAAUAACAUUCCUUAAAAGCGUAGAAUGGUAAUUACAUUCCUUAAGAGCAUAGAACGAUGGUUACAUUCAUUGAAAGCACAAAGCGAUAAUUACAUUCUCUUAAUACAUCCUA